AAAAAAGAACAGCAGAAGAAAAUAAAAAUAAAAAAAAAAAGAAGAAAGAAAGGAACGAAGGAAAAAAAAAAAAAAACUUGUCUCGAAUUUCAAUUUGACGAAGCUUCUCCCUGUUUCGCUGAUUUCUCUUUCCUAAAUUUCUCUACUCAAACCCUAGAUCUGCGUUACGGGGUUGAUUUUAGAUCAAUUAGCUGUGAAGCGGACGGUACAGUUGUUGAAGGAAGUCGCGCAGUUGGACGCAAUUGACGGAAUAAUUUGGUGGAAGCAACAGCGAUGAGAAAAAGGGCAAUUGCUUUUUGUUGAGGGGUGUUGUUCCUAUGGCGGACGGGCUAUCCGUGAUUCCGGCGGCCACUCUUCGUAAUCUGUCGGAUAAGCUAUACGAGAAGCGGAAGAAUGCUGCUCUGGAGGUGGAAGGGAUAGUCAAGCAGUUAGCUGUGGCGGGGGAUCAUGAUAAAAUCAGCGGCGUGAUCAAUUUGUUGGCAAAUGAGUAUACGUACUCGCCCCAAGCAAAUCAUCGGAAGGGAGGAUUGAUUGGGUUGGCUGCAGCAACUGUUGGUUUGACUUCAGAAGCCGCUCAGCAUCUUGAUCAAAUCAUUCCACCAGUCUUGAAUUCAUUCAGUGAUCAAGAUAGCAGAGUUCGAUAUUAUGCAUGUGAAGCUCUUUAUAAUAUUGCAAAGGUUGUGAGGGGCGAUUUUAUUGUAUUCUUCAAUCAGAUAUUUGAUGCUCUAUGUAAGCUUUCAGCAGAUGCCGAUGCUAAUGUACAGAGUGCUGCUCAUCUCUUAGAUAGACUUGUAAAAGAUAUUGUUACAGAGAGUGAUCAAUUUAGCAUUGAAGAAUUCAUUCCACUUUUGAGAGAACGAAUGAAUGUCUUAAACCCUUAUGUCCGCCAGUUUCUGGUAGGAUGGAUUACCGUUUUAGAUAGUGUUCCUGAUAUCGAUAUGCUUGGUUUUCUUCCUGAUUUUCUUGAUGGUUUGUUUAACAUGCUAAGUGAUUCUAAUCACGAGAUAAGACAACAGGCAGAUUCUGCACUUUCUGAAUUUCUUCAAGAAAUCAAGAACUCUCCAUCUGUGGAUUAUGGGCGCAUGGCUGAGAUACUGGUCCAAAGGGCAGCUUCAGGAGAUGAAUUUACUCGACUGACUGCUAUUACCUGGAUUAAUGAGUUUGUAAAACUCGGUGGAGAUCAGCUUGUUCCUCAUUAUGCUGAUAUUCUUGGUGCUAUUCUGCCCUGCAUAUCAGACAAGGAAGAAAAAAUAAGAGUUGUUGCACGGGAAACUAAUGAAGAGCUGCGAGGAAUUCAAGCUGAUCCAGCUGAAGGUUUUGACGUGGGGGCAAUCCUCUCUGUAGCUCAGAACCAUCUCUCCAGCGCCUGGGAGGCUACACGGAUUGAAGCACUUCACUGGAUAUCAGCCCUUUUAAAUAGACAUCGUACUGAGGUUCUAUCAUGCCUGAGUGAAGUUUUUGAAACUCUACUGAAGGCACUCUCUGAUCCUUCUGAUGAGGUAGUUCUUUUGGUACUCGAGAUCCAUGCAUGUAUAGCCAAAGAUGAGAAGCAUUUUGACCAACUGAUCGUUUACUUAGUUCAAAAUUUUCAUGUUGAUUACUCUCUUUUGGAGAAGCGGGGUGCAUUGGUGAUCCGUAGACUUUGUGUGCUUUUAGAUGCUGAAACAGUUUAUAGGAAGCUUUCCUCUAUACUUCAAAGGGAACCUGAUUUGGAUUUUGCAUCUAUUAUGGUUCAGGCUUUGAAUUUGAUUUUGCUCACUUCAUCUGAGUUGCAUAACCUUCGAGAUCUCCUGAAGAGAACUCUAUAUAAUAAUGAUGGAAAGAACUUAUUCCUCUCCUUAUAUCCAUCUUGGUGCCAUUCACCAAUGGCUAUCAUAAGCCUUUGCUUGUUAGCGCAGACUUAUCAGCAUGCAAGUUCAGUCAUUCAAUCUUUGGUUGAGGAGGAUAUUAACUUGAAGUUUUUGGUUCAGUUGGAUAAGUUGAUCCACCUAUUGGAAACUUCAACUUUUACUUACCUUAGACUGCAGCUUCUUGAACCUGGAAGAUAUAUAUGGUUGUUGAAGGCAUUGUAUGGCCUGCUUAUGUUGCUUCCUCAGCAAAGUGUAGCAUUCAAAAUUCUCCGAACUCGAUUGAAGACUGUACCACCAUACUCUUUCAGUGGGCAACAACAAUUCAAGGGGUUGUCAUCAGGAAAUGCUUUACCAGAAGUAGCUUAUGCCAGCAGCUCAAAAAUCUUCGAGGAUGGUGUUAUGAGUGCAGACCAAAGGAAGACAGAUGAUGGCAUUAACUUUGCUUCAUGUCUGCAGCAGUUUGAGCGUGUUCAGAAGCAACAUCGAUUGCUUUCUAAGUCUCAGGUGCAAUCGCAGUCACAAUCACGUCACAAUUCAGCUUCAGCCGCAAAGGAAGUACAACAAGCAGAUGACACAAAGCGGCCGUCUCCAGUACCCGAAACGAACAGACCCCCUUCAAGAUCUUCGCGCAAAACUUCUGGGCAGCCACAGCCUUAAUCCUUUUUGGUCUAUACUCAAUCAUACUUUUGAUCUCUGCAUUCAAAACUCGGUGAGAUCUGGUGAAAAUUGUAGAUUGUAUAUUACCGUAGCUUCUUCGAAUUUAAACUAUUUUCAAGUGUCGGGAUGGCGCGAAGGAGGCCGAUCGGGCAGGAUAUCCUCAGCAGAAGUUGAAUGUGGUUGCCAAGCAAUUCCUUUUCUUUUCUUUUCUCUCUCUUUUUUUUUUGGUUUACUUCUUGUCGGUCAUCUUCUUGAUCUCUCUCUCUCUCUCUCUCUCUACAUCUAUUUAUCUAUCUCUCUUGUUUUCUUUCUUUCUUUUUGUUUGUUUCUUUGUUGUGAUGAACGUACAGAAGAGAUGUGUACCCCAUGUGGUUAUGUUGUUUUUUUAAUUGGAAACCAUGUGGGCAAAUAGAUAAAAUUAUCAUCAACAUAUUAUUCAUAUGUUGGUUGAAUUUUUAGGGGUGUGUGUAGUAGUAGUAAUGUUUUUAUUU